UUAGCUCUCUCAUAAAAAAAAAAGUUAGUCUUGAAGUACUAACUCACAUUAUACAACUCAAACAUGACACCCACUCAAUUUUGAUAGAGUAUUUUCUUGAAGUACUAGUCAAAUAUAUUAGAUAGUGAGAAUCUCACAAAUCACAAUAAUAUUAUGUGAGAAUGACAUUGUGACAUCAGAUCCGGAGUUUAUGUGCCUUUAUUAAUUGUCGUGGGUCUAUAUAAUAGUUUUCUUGUCACGUUAUCACUUAAUGUUUUCAAACUUCAUUAGCUUGUACUUUAUAAAUAUACAGUACUUAUCAGUAAUAUUUUAAAUAAUUCGUAUUGGUCAAAUAAUCAACACCACCUAUCAGGAAUCUUCAUAAAUCUUGCUCGCCAAGUUUUGCAGUUCAAACUUGUUUUUGUCAACUACAUAUGAUACUUUUCGAAACAAUUACUAAAUUAAUAUCAUAUUAAUUAUUGAUUUGACUUUCAUCAAAAUGAAAUCAAAACGGAAUUGAUCAAGUACAUCUACAUAGUACAUACUAUGUAAAAAUUAUUUAACAUAUGCAUGAUCACAAAAGUUAAUGCGAUGAACGAAAUUAAGAGGAUACAGAAUAAAAUUUUCAACACCACUUGUCAUAAAAGAUGAUAAACUUUUUGUAUUAAACCAGGCCCACGCAAAUUAAAAGACAGGUCAAAAAGGAGCCGACAAAUAGAGUUUUGACUUCUGACUCAUCAUCGGACCAAUCGCAAACUGGUCUUGUCCCCCUCGCGUUUCCCGGGAAGCUUCCUCCUCUCUCUCUCUAUAUCAUCUCGGUUCUCUUACUUUCUUGCUGUUGCUCUCACGCAUAUCAAUAUCCAAUCACACCUUCACGUUUCCAUAUUUGAUCUAAAAAGUCCAUUUUACUUUUCCCACUUCUUCUUUUUCUUCUUUUUCAGAUGUAAGCAAAUAUUAUUGUUCCAAGUUCUCACCUUCUUCAGAUUCCGUUGCUGAAUCUAUUUGUACUUCUUCUCUUUAUAUUCUUUGGAGUGUGUUUUUUUUUUCCAAUCGAGGAGACUUAUUGAUGAUGGAAUCGAACUUCUAUAGAAUAGUCAACGGUCACGAGUAUUACGAUGUAAGUUUCUUACCAAACCAGAUUCCUGAUCUGGGAUUCGGUGUUCCUUCAUCCAGCGACUUCGAUCUCCGCUUAGAUCAUCAUCAUCAUCAUCAACAACCUUCAUAUUGGAUUCCAUCAACACAACAAGAUCAAGACUCUCCUCCAGGUGCUGAUGAGAUCGAUUCAGAAAACACUCUUUUAAAAUAUGUAAACCAGCUCCUUAUGGAAGAGACUCUUUCUGAGAACCAGUCUAUGUCCUAUGAUGAUGCUUUGGCUCUACGCCAAACCGAAGAGAUGUUACAGCAAGUCAUCAACGACUCACUAGCUCAAUCUUCUAAUUCGAUUACUAGUAGUACUAGUAGUGGUAGUAGUAGUGGUGGUGAGUAUUUGAACAGCAACAGCAACUCUUGUGUCCGGAUCGAGACAGAAGCUAACUCUACUGAGAGCGAGGCGUUGUCUGAUGAUCAUCCUCAUCAUAUUCUUGGAUCAAACAUGUUGAGUGGAUACGGACAGCCGGCGAAUGAGAUACUCGUCAGGAGUAUGUUUAGUGAUGCAGAUUCAGUUAACCAGUUCAAGAGAGGCCUCGAGGAAGCUAGCAAGUUUCUUCCCAACACCGAUCAAUGGAUCUUCAACCCACAACAUGAAGUCAUCUCCGUGAAAGACGAAAAGGGUUUCUCGAGAGUCAGAAAACAUCAUCAUCAGGAGCCUGAAGAGGAAGAAGCUAGGAGGAGUAAACAAUCUGCAGUUAACGUAGACGACGGUAACAUAUCAGAGCUGUUUGAUAAAGUUUUGCUUCUUGAUAACCAAUUGGAUCCACAGAUCAAAGAAGAAACCAAUAACGUGUCAAGCAAGAAAGAAGGAGGACGCGGUAAGAAGAAGAGCAAAGCUGUUGAUUUCCGCACGCUUCUCACUCUAUGCGCACAAUCCAUCUCAUCAGGAGACAAGCUCGCAGCCGAUGAUUUGCUAAACCAGAUAAAGAAACAAUGCUCACCUCUCGGCGAUGCAUCGCAAAGACUAGCUUACUUCUUCACCAAGGCACUCGAGGCGCGUCUUCAAGGAAGCAGCGGAGUAAUGAUACAGAGCUACUACGAUUCCAUAACGUCAAAGAAACGAACAGCUGCGCAGAUUCUUAAGACUUAUAAAGCCUUUUUGUCUGCUUCUCCCUUCAUGACUUUGAUCUAUUUUUUUUCAAAUAAGAUGAUUCUUGACGCUUCCAAAGAUGCUUCUGUGCUUCAUAUAAUAGACUUUGGGAUACUCUACGGUUUCCAGUGGCCUAUGUUUAUACAGUACAUAUCGAAAAGCAAGAUCGGUCCGAGGAAGCUGAGGAUAACCGGUGUGGAGCUUCCUCAAAACGGGUUUCGUCCCACGGAGAAGAUAGAGGAUACCGGUAGGAGAUUGAGAGAGUAUUGCAAACGGUUUGGUGUUCCUUUUGAAUACAAUGCGAUAGCGUCUAAGAACUGGGAGACAAUCCGCUUGGAGGAGUUCAAGAUCCGACCAAACGAAGUUCUUGCGGUCAACUCGGUGCUCCGGCUCAAGAACCUAAGAGACGUGACUCCAGGGGAAGAGGAUUGUCCGAGAGACGGGUUCUUGAAACUGAUCAGAGACAUGAAACCUGACGUUUUCCUCAGCUCGACGAUCAAUGGAUCUUUCAACGCUCCUUUCUUUGCCACGCGGUUUAAAGAAGCUUUGUUUCAUUACUCGUCGCUCUUUGACAUGUUCGGUUCGACACUGUCCAAGGAGAACCCGGAGAGGAUGCAUUUCGAAGGGGAGUUUUUCGGGAGGGAAGUGAUGAAUGUGAUUGCUUGUGAAGGAGUUGAUAGGGUGGAGAGGCCUGAGACUUACAAGCAGUGGCAAGUGAGGAUGAUGAGGGCUGGGUUUAAGCAGAAGCCUGUGGAGACAGAGCUUGUGGAGUCGUUUAGGGAGAAGAUGAAGAGGUGGGGUUACCAUAAAGACUUUGUGCUUGAUGAAGAUAGUAACUGGUUCUUGCAAGGUUGGAAAGGUCGCAUCUUAUUCUCUUCUUCUUGUUGGGUCCCUUCUUAGCUUGUGUCACAUUUCAAAUUUAUUUUUCAUGUAUAAACAUUUUGUUUCUCUUACUUCGUUUUCUUUUGCUUAAUUUUCUAUGUGACAUUCUAUGUAUUUAUCUUGAAAGCUAAAAGAGGUUGACUAACCCUUUAGUAGAGAGAUGGAACCUCAGUGUUCAAGAAAUUAACCAUGGGUUUUGUUCGUA